AUGGCUUCUCCUCCCGCCCUCUUGCGCAACGAGUCGCAGACAUCCGGUCGCCGAAGUGCCAGUCUCGGAUCUCGUCUUUUUCGGUCAAAGAGUGGAGAGGCCCUGGGUGACCGCAAGAGCUCCGGCGGUCGACUUAAGAAGAGACAAGGCGAGAUGGACGAAUCUGUGAAAGUCACGCAGUCUCCUCCACGCCUUCCGGGCUACACGCCACAGCCAUUGGGUAUUCAAACCUUUGGUGGUGAGAAUUACAAUCCACACGCCGCUUCUCCCCAUCACCCAAAUGGUGUGAGAGGUGCCCCUCCAGUGCCACCGUUGCCGGAACAAAAGGACAAAGAUUUGGUUGAUCCAUAUGCUCGAACUGAGAGCAUGACCCACCGUGGUCGGUACUCCUAUGCAACCUCGACCGUUUCCACCAUCAACUCUCCUCGCAGAGUCCGACGUCGCAAAGAUCCAACCCCCUACAACAUCCUGAUCAUAGGCGCGCGGAACUCUGGCAAGACGUCUUUCCUGGAUUUCUUGAAAAGAUCGUUGGCUCUUCCCCCACAGAAACGACCCCAUCAAACCUCCGAUGGCGAUACUCCGCCGUCCUCUGCCAGAGCAAGCCCGAAUUUUGUGCACCAUUACCAAGAAAUCGAGGUGGACACCGAACGAAUUGGUUUGACACUCUGGGAUUCGCAAGGGCUGGAUAAAGGCGUGGUCGAUCUCCAAUUGAGGGACAUGAGCAACUUCGUGGAGAGCAAGUUUGAUGACACAUUUAUUGAAGAGAUGAAGGUUGUUCGUUCCCCCGGGGUCAAGGACACCCACAUUCACUGUGUCUUCCUCAUUCUCGACCCGUCCAGGCUCGAUGCCAACAUCAACGUUUCGCAGCGAGCCAGCAACGGAGUCGACACUGGUCGAAUUGGCAAACCCGUCCGGAUUGUUGGCGCGCUGGAUGAGGAUUUCGACAUCCAAGUGAUCAAGACCCUGUCCAGCAAGACCACCGUCAUCCCGGUCAUCAGCAAAGCCGACACAGUCACGACCGCUCACAUGGCCUUUCUCAAGCAGAAAGUCAGCCUCAGCCUGAAGAAAGCCGGUCUCGAUCCUCUCGAAGCUUUGAGUUUUGAGGCUGACGGUUCCGACGAUGACAGACUCGACGAGCGUGAUGAGGACGGUAACAGCAGUGCUGGAGAUUCUGAAAGUGGCACGCCUUCGAGAAGCGAUGACUCUGCAACGGACCAGCCUAUCUCGAACACAAAACAACCAAGCAGUCACAAACGCCAACUGUCCAAUAUGUCCAUGAUGGAUGCUUCUCUAGACAGUGGUUAUGUCCCUUGGUCAAUUCUCAGCCCGGACAAAUACUCCCUGGAGUCAAAAGAUGGACCGGUCGGCCGACAAUUUCCCUGGGGGUUCGCCGAUCCCUACAGCCCUGACCACUGUGAUUUUGCCAAACUGAAGGAUGCCAUUUUUGGAGAGUGGCGAUCCGAGUUGCGAGAGGCAAGCCGGGAAGUGUUUUAUGAGCGAUGGCGGACGAGUCGUCUCAACCGUCGGGGAAUCUCGUCAAUUGGUCUGCCAUCAGGACCUAAACAAAGUGGUGGUGGCAUCCCAAUUGCUCUCCAGCCUCGAGCCCGUUGA